AUGAAGAGUAGUAUCAUAUUUUUUUUUUCUUUUUUUUUUGUGUACUUAUACUAUGUUUCGUGUAAUCCAUCAAAUAGUAGUACAUCAGUAAAUAAUGAUGAAGAUCAAGAAGAAUUAUAUGUUAAAAAUAAAAAAUUUGAAAAACUAAAAAGUAUAAUAUCAGGAGAUUUUGUUGGAAAUUAUAAAAAUAAUGAAGAAUUAUUAAAAAAAAAAAUCGAACAACUACAAAACAGUGAAGAAAAAAAUGUACAAGUAUUAAUUAAUGGAAAUACAAUUAUUGAUGAAAUAGAAAAAAAUAAUGAAAAUAAUGAUAACGAAGAAAAUAAUGAUAAUGAAGACAAUGAUGAUGAUGACAUUACAUAUGAAUUAGAUAUGAAUGAUGACACAUUCUCAGGACAAAAUAAUGAUUCACAAUUUGAAAAUGUUGAAGAUGAAUCAGAAGAAAAUGAACAAUCAGAAGAAGAAAAUGAACAAUCAGAAGACGAAAACGAAAAAUCAGAAGAAGAAAACGAAAAAUCACAAUCAUUUCCAUUAUUCCAAAAUUUAGGAUUAUUUGGUAAAAAUUUUUUAUCAAAGGUAAAGGGACAAAGUGAAACAGAUAAUCAAUCUGGAAAUCAAAAAGAUAUAUUAACAGAAGGACAAACACAAGCACAAGAAGCACAAGCAGGACAUGCAGUAGGAACACCAGGAGCACAAGCAGAAAGAACAUCAGGAGAACAAGCACAAUCACAAGUAGCAGCACCAGAAAAAGAAGCAGCAGUAAAAACACCAGAACAAGGAAAAAAUAAACAUACAAAAGACCCAACUAAGAAAUUAUAUAGUUUAAGCGAUGUGUUAAAUCAUGUAGUUGAUAUUACAAACAGAAAGAACGAUAUAAAUCUUGAGAAACAUAGUACAAAAUAUCCAAAUUUCAAAAAAAAGUAUGAAGAUUUUGUUUUAAAUUCUAAAGAAUAUGAUAUAAUAAAAAAUCUACUAAUGAUGUUUGGUAAAAAAGAUAAUAAUAGUAACCCUCAUGUCACUGCUAAUGAUCAUAUAAUUAAAAUUUUUGUAGAUGCCUUAGAUGAGAAGUACCAUGAACAAUUUCAAAAUUUUAUUUAUGGUAUUUAUAGUUAUGCGAAACAAAAUAGUCACUUAAAUGAAAAAAAAAUAGAAAAUGAAGCUGAAUUUAAAAAAUUCUUUGAAAAUUCAUUUAAUUUAUUAAACACAUUGUAA